AUGGAUGAUGGCCACACGGAUAAAAGUCACACGAAUGAAGACCACAAGGAUGAAGGCCUCAAGGAUGAAGACCAUAACGAAAAAGGCCUCACGGAUGAAGGCCACAAGCAUACAGGUAACAAGGAUGAAGACCACACGGAGAAAGACCUAAAAGAUGAAGACCACAAGGAUGAAGGACCCACGGAGAAAGACCUCAAAGAUGAAGACCACAAGGAUGAAGGCUACACGGAUGAAGGCCACAUGAAUGAAGGCCACAAGAACGAAGGUCCUAAGGAAGAAAACAAAAACCACGAAUGCCACAUGGAUGAAGACCACAAGCAUGAAGGAUACAAGGAUGAAGGCUUCAAGGAUGAAGGCCACAAGGAUGUAGAACACACGGAUAAAGAUCACAUGGAUGAAGGCCACAAGGAUGAAGGCCACAAGGAUGAUGGCUACAAGGAUGAAGACCACAACGAUGAAGGCCACAGGGAUUAA